AUGGAUGUCACGUUCUCCAACAAGACCGCGAGUGGCCUGCGUAUACAUGCCAGGAGCAAUAUCGUGAACGCGUUGGGUGCACCCUUCAUCAUUGAUUACGAUGAUGUUGUAGAUGCAAGACUAUUUCUACCCCUCCAUCUCAUAGAUCCACCACCGAAAGCCUUCCUCCCUCCCCCCUACUUUCUUCACCCAGCAAUCCCUUGUCUUGAACAGUUCAGGUCGAGACUUGUCCUCCAGGAAGAGCUGGAACCUCCUCGAAGGGAAAUGGACUCUCCUCCUCCUCUUCGUGACCCCAAAGCUUCCACCUCAACCGAUAGUGGUAUCGAUGUCUGGAACCCCGAACACGAUGAUAAAUUACCGACUGCCGAUAUGGAUAGCAGGAACCCUCAAGCUGACAAGCGAGUACGUCCUUUGAGGACGGGACCAGGAUUUGAGUGGUGGAGAUCCCACCAUCGCAGCCAACAUGACCUGUACAACCUGCUGCCAGAUGUCACUGAGUGCCUCUCUUUCCAGGUAACAUUGACAGGCACGAUUCCCGACCUGAAUGGGAAAUUCUAUGACGGGUCCAAGCCAUUCGACAUCUUCCUCUGGAGGCAUGGGAACUCAGAACGUCGAUGGUUAACCAUAAAGUGGCAACAGUUGAGAGGGAGAAUACCGCCGGAUAUGAUAAUAGGGCUUAUCCGUCCUACCAAGAAAACAAAACUUCCAAUGCUUGCUGUACAUGGAGAGCAUGAGGGAUCGUUGUUGACGAAGGUGACGGCAAUCAGAGAGGAAAUCUGGGCAUUACCAGUUGACCCUCAACUUGGCAAAGUGCACGAAACCUGGCAGCUGAUCAAGAUUUUGCCCGUGGACUGUUGCGUAGUACGCUUGUUAAACAGUGCAGCACACGAGGUGUGGUCGAAGUUCAACCCAAAAUCACGGUGA